CAUCGACUUGAUUUACUUUCUAUACUUUGAUUUGUAAAAUAGACAUGGCACGUCGAAAAUUCAUGAUCUGUAUGCUGGUUUUUGCCUUCAUAGUUGCAAGCUGGGCAACACCCUUGCCCAAAAUUAAGGCCAAGUUGAGUGCAAACGUCAAAGCCGGCAAAGCAAGAAUUUCAUUGAGUGUCGAUUUAUUUUCUGGACUCGCUACCUGGUUCACUCCCAACAAAGGAGGAAUAGAAGGCGGUCCAUUGGGAGCAUGUGGACCAAGACAAAGCAAUGAUGAUAUGAUUGUAGCAUUGAACGCUGCCCAAUAUGGUGAUAUGAAUAAGAAGAGCAAACACUGCGGUAGAAAAGUUUUGAUAACCGGGCCAACAGGCAAAAAAGCGACGGCAGUUAUCAACGACGCAUGCCCGGGUUGCAAAAAGAAUUCCUUGGAUCUUACUCCCGUGGUGUUCAAGAAAUUAGGCAGCUUGAAUACUGGCAUACUGAAAAUCAAAUGGAAAUUCAUCUAAUUGGAAUAUCUAACACUCCACUCCUUCAAAUACCUUGCCUAUUUAUGUACUCUGACCACGAUAAGACUUUCUGACCCCAACAUACAGUAUAACAAUGCCAUCCAAUUUUUUAAGCAUGACUUUUUGCCUUAUUGUGAUAUCUUUUUUAUAAUUUUCUCCAUCGAGAUGGGAAGCGGAAUAUGAAAUGGAUUGACC